UGGCCUCUGAUUCUCCUAGCCUCCCUACUCAGCUAUGAGGGUCCUGCUCUCAGUCCUGGCAGUCCUCACCUUGUUGUCCAUAGCUCCUCUGGCCAGGAGCUUCCUUGAGGGUCAGGAGUGCUCCUCGGAGCACCGCCAUUGCAGAAUGAAGUGCGACACCACCGAAUAUGCCAUCAAAUACUGUGAGGAUUGGACCAUCUGCUGUGGAGCAAAGCACAGAGAAGCAAAGAAGAAAAGGCUGUGGUGACUAGUUGAACUCAUCUUCUUAGGA